AAUCAGCUAAACAAUCAAAUUACGAACAUACAGUUUGCAUUAGACUAUAUAAGAGCGAGUGUUUGCCGUGCCUUGACACUCAGAACACAUCACCCAACACAGAGAAACCGAUCGAUAGAGAAGAUUACAUAGAAGAAGAUACGCCUAUAGCCAACAAUGAAUCUUKCCAGCCUGCUGAGAAUUUCUCUAACGGCGAUAAUAUACCAYKGGUUUCUGGAUUUUUCCUCUGGUGCACCGAUGGUCAACCCAAAAACAGUUUCCAAUGGAAUUGAUUAUUUAGCAAAGUAUGGAUAUCUGGUACGAAAGGACCCCAAACAAGGUCAAAUGAUGAGUCAACUGAUGUUAACAAGUGGUAUCGAGUCGCUACAAGCAUUUGCUGGCUUGAAUGUAACUGGUAAAUUUGAUGCCGCAACUAUCAAACUUAUGGGYACCCCAAGGUGUGGUAUGCCWGAUCAAAGCCCKGCAGACAAGGCUAGAAGAAAACGACGUUAUACACUCCACGGGACUUACUGGAAGAAAAAGGACAUAACGUAUAGAAUCAAGGGAUGGACGAGUGACGUUCCCAUGGAAAACCAAAGAAAGAUCUAUAAGUGGGCUUUUGAACAGUGGUCUAAAGUCAGYAAAAUCACAAUCACAGAGGCUCCUAAGAGUCUGUCCGAUGACCAAGUAGAAAUUUUGAUUGACUGGAGGCGUUAUGACCACGGCGAUGGCUAUCCGUUCGACGGKCGGGGUGGUACCUUGGCUCAUGCAUUCUAUCCUCUCAAUAAUAAAGGAAUUUCCGGCGAUGCACAUUUCGACGAUGAUGAAUGGUAUACAGUUGGUAAACCUGAUGGUAUCAACCUUGAUUGGGUCGCUCUUCACGAGUUUGGCCACAGCCUUGGCAUAGACCACUCCACAGUUCGUGGUUCGAUCAUGUUCCCAUGGUAUCAGGGUUACAAAAAAGACAUUAAACUUACCUCAGAYGACAUCAUGGCAAUUCAGGGGAUUUACGGUAAACGAAGAGGUAUCGUUAGACCAACAAGACCUCCAGCAACAGUGGAUCCAUCAGGCCCACAACCAACCCAAAGGCCAACAGUUGACGAGUGUCUUGCUGACCAUUACGAUGAUUGGCUGUACGACCCACGUGAAGAGAAGACUUACGCUUUCAAAGGCGAUUACUACUUUGUUGUCAAUCCCCACACUGUUGGUGUGAUGGAUGGACCUUUGAAAAUCGCUGAUAAAUGGAAGGGUGUCGCUACACCGAUAGACGCCGUCUAUAGACGCCUUGAUGGAGUUAUUGUAUUCUUCAAGGGUGACAAAUACUGGAAAUAUUACUACGACCGCCUUAUGGGAGCCCCCAGACAUAUUUCCAACUAUAGACUUCCUGAUGCACUAAAGAACAUGGACAGUGUCUUUGUGUGGGGCCGAAAUCAGAAGACCUACUUUGUGAAAGGGAACCARUACUGGAGGUACAACGAGCGCCGCCGCACAGUCGAUUAUGGUUACCCAAGGAGCCUAUCCGUGUGGAAAGGUAUCCCGGGAAAUGUUGACGCAGUGAUGAAAUGGAAAAAUGGAAAGACCUAUUUCUUUAAAGGAAGACAAUAUUUCAAACUGGAUGAUUAUUCGAUAACUGCYGARGCUGGUUAYCCAAAGAGUACCGCAAUCAAAUGGAUGAGAUGUGAAACAAGUCGUCUUGCAAUUAAAACCACCUCGAUCAACCCAACUGGUAACAACACUGUUGAGGCUARCAAUGACAAAUCGUCAGGUACAGCGGUUCUACCCACUCUCAUCAUGCUCAUUGUCAGCGCUUUGACUGCUGGGAAAUUAUUCUARUUAAAGAAACUAUUCAGAAAACGUAUUAGGUUAUAUGAAAAUUAAAAGCUGUUCGUAUCUUCAGUUUUUUUUUUCUGCCAAAAAGAACAAGAAAUACUAAAACAAACUAUUUCUGAUUAAGAAUCUGCCGACUAUUUAUUGCUUCUCUUUUGAACAUUUUACGUUUUCAACUUUUGAGUUGUAAAUUAUGCUGAAGUUUGUGAAAGYCAAAGUUGUACAUUUUUAUCAAUCAAUUUUAUAGAUACAUUAUAUAUAUAACUCGUGCCUAGGRCUCUCAACGCUAAGAACCGAGAUGCCUGGGUAUUAGGUCCUGAUGAUUCUAAAAUUUAUAUGAUUAUAUAACCUUAGAUUUUGCAAGUGUAAUUAAUAGAAAAAAUAUAUAGUAUUUUUUGAAAAAAAAAAGUUACUGUGUAACACUUUGUAAAGUUCCAAGUUAUUGUAAUAUUAAUUUAUUGUUGUAUUUAUUAUGAAUGAAAWUAAACGCUUGACAUUUUUAAAAAGA